AUCACACAUAAAUCUCUAGGGUUUGUGUACAGACAAAGGGAAAGAGGCGAAAAACCUUGAAGCAGCAACAAUGGUGGAGAAGGUCAACAAGCCAAGGAAAGAGGAGGUUGUCUCCAGAGAAUACACCAUUAAUUUGCACAAACGUCUCCACGGAUGUACCUUCAAGAAGAAGGCACCGAAUGCCAUCAAGGAGAUCCGGGAGUUUGCCCAAAAGGCAAUGGGAACUAAUGAUAUAAGGGUUGAUGUCAAGUUGAACAAGCACAUAUGGAGCCGUGGAAUCCGAAGUGUGCCAAGAAGGAUCCGUGUUCGCAUUGCACGCAAGAGAAAUGACGAUGAAGAUGCCAAGGAAGAGCUCUACUCUUUGGUCACCGUUGCAGAAAUUCCAGAAGGAGGGUUGAAGGGCUUGGGUACCCAAGUCAUUGAAGAGGAAGAGUGAAUUCAAAUUUUCUUUUGAUAGGUUUCGUUUCUAUUUACGAAAGUUAUGCACUUUUGGCCACUUGUGUUUGGAAUUCAUAACAAAGAAUGUUAUCUCAUAUUUGUAUUGUGGAAUUUGGAUAUAUUCAUUUCAUAUAGGUAUUGAAUGGCUAUCGUAUUUCAGGGAUCAA